AUGGAAUUACCAUAUAUUCAGCAUCAGAUUUCACCCACAAGGCCCCAGUCACAUGUCGAUGCUCAACAGGACCUGUGUUCGGCAAAGAAUGCACACUUGGGCUUACCUACCGACUACACUAAGCUUAGUCCUGCGGGCCAGCACCAGAUCUAUUCCUUCAAUGGACCAAUGAAUAUCUCGCAUCCGUUUUUAUUUGCGCUUCCAGGCUUAUCCCCGCGCUACCCAAUGGCACCACAUUGGGGGAAUGUAGGAUUUUCUGCUGUCCCAUCCCUGCAGCUUCCAAAAUUUUUCAAAGACCCUCAACGGGAAGAGGCCACCAGAUACAAUUCUCCUGCUUAUUCGGCCAACAGUUCGAAACCAGUGUCAUCUUCUUCCAGUGCGCUUUUCAGUACUCAAUAUUUAGGGCCAUACGUCUCGCAGUCUUCUGCAGAUUCGAUCCAAUCAAAGGCAAAACCGGCUAAAUCUGAUCACAGUUUUUUAGGCGAGAUCUGCGACACAAAUCUGAUCGAAAUAGCGAAGAAAAAUAUCCAGACUCCAUUUGAUGAACUGGCCCAUUCGGUGAAAUUGGCGGAGACAAAUCUUGCCCGCAUUAUUGGAUCCAGCUCAAAACAUUCUAGGGAUAAUCGUCAUGCCGAGGCUCACAAAAAAAGACAGCACCAGAUCCUGGCUAUGGUUUUUCUGAUAAAGCGUGUACAGAUCAAGGAGUCUGCCGUAUGUCCAAGAAACAGGAUAUUCAACCAGUAUGUGCAGCUGUGCCAGCAGUAUGGAGUGCAGCCUGUCGUGAAUGCUUCCUUUGGUAAACUUGUCAAGGCGCUUUUUCCAGGCAUCAAGACAAGGAGGCUGGGGAUUAGAGGUUCCAGCAGAUACCAUUACUGCGGCAUAAAACUGGUAGGAGAUGCUGAUGAAGUUGAGUCCUUGGCGUCGACCACGUCGACGACUCCCACCAUUGGGUCGCCAGCCGCUGCUCAAGCAAACGAAAUGUCUCCUGACAUUCAAUUCGAUCUAAGUUUGGAGGACAAUUUUCUCAACAGGAUGACCAUCGAGGAACCAGAUCUCGGAAUCAGUACUAUCAGCAGCAUAUUCCAUUAUUUUGACUCUGCUGAGCAGAAGGAGCUGAAAGAGAUUGAGGAUUACUAUGGAGCUCACUGCCGCAAGGUUUUGCAUUGCAUUCGGUUCAUGAAAAUCAAGACUCUGUUCGAAAGCAUGUCUUCAGAUUUUUCAGGCUCAUCCAUGCAUGCGAAAAGUCUUUUGUCUUCUCCCCAUGUGAUUUCAUGGAUUUUGAGGUGCGACAACUCGCUGUACAUAGCAUGUAUCAGAUUGUUGUCCAAGAUGAUAUUUCAAAAUGUGCCUCAGCAUGUUUGCGUUCAAAUGACCAGGCUGAAUGCCUACUUCGUGAAGUACGUCAAGGAGAUGAUGCUUCCUGAUGAUCUUAUCCAGGCGAAACUUCCUGGAGCUGAGACAUUUGUAAAGAUGACCUCUCGGCUGACUAGGGUGAUCCUGGCAGGCCACAAUUGUGUCAGAAAUCUUUGCCAGCCAUCAGUCGUGCUAGAGCUACUACAAGAUUGGGAAGCGCUUGACGUUAGGGAGAUUGUCAAACGAGAGAUCAGAUGCCAAAAGCUGGAAGAGAUUACAGAUGUUUUGCAACACGAUAUCACAAACCUUUUCCGCGAGGUUUCUGCUCUCACUCUUCAUAGCCAGGAGACUGAAGACACUAUCAUUCAGACGUUGAGCACAAGGAUGUCGAGAAUUCCUGAAAAAUUUGUGGACGUGAGCCCGCAGACUUUUCUGUUGAUCAGCAAUCAGUUGGUCGACUCGAUAAUGAGACAACUGACUCUUGACAACCGCAACCAUAUUGUUAUCUGGUGGGGGCUGAGCUGCUGGCUCAAUGAGUUUUUUAUUUUCCUUGCCGAGCUUGGCGGUUACACCAAGCUUGUUGCUGAUUAUGAGAGUCCGAGAGAGUAA